GUGUUGUAUAUUUUUGUGCCAAAACAUAAUCAUAGGAGGCUGAGACUGAUACUGUUUGUUGUUUGUUUCAUUUCAGAAACAUUUAGUUAAUUAAAUACUUAUUUGAUUUGUUUGAGACCAUUCGUUAGAAUUUGCUUGAGUUGCCUGCUGCAUAAAAAAACUAUGGGUCCACGAUCGCGCAGUCGUUCCCGGUCAUAUUCUCCAGAAGAUAGACGAGGACGUCGUCGUUCCUACAGUCGUGACCGAUAUUCGUCGCCAGUUUCCAAGAGGCGCCAACCACCAUCUCCCCCUCCUUUACCACCGUCAAGGCGCCGUAGUUACUCAAGAUCGGAAUCUCCAGGGUAUAACCGAAGAAAUUACAGUAGUCAUGGUAACAGAUCAAAACCGCCAAGGUCUCGCUCUCCAUACGACAGAAACUAUCGCAAUAACAGGGAAAAACCUUCUCCUUGCCGCUGUCUAGGAGUUUUUGGACUGAGUGUCCAUACUACACAACAACAAAUCAGGGAGAUAUUUAGCAAAUACGGACCUAUCGAACGAAUACAAGUUGUAGUUGAUGCACAGACUGGUCGCUCACGUGGCUUCUGCUUCAUUUACUACAAGCAUUUAGCGGAUGCCGAGGUCGCACGGGAUCAGUGCUGUGGCCAAGAAGUUGAUGGUAGACGCAUUCGUGUCGCUUAUUCCAUAACAGAGAGACCUCAUAGCCCGACCCCAGGUGUUUACAGGGGACGUUCUACGCGAAGCCUAUCACAACGUAAUCGUUCUCAACGCCGUCAUUCACCUUCACCUUAUAGUCGUAGCAACCGGGACCGCUACGAGCGAAGCCGUAGUCGUUCCCAUUCACCACGUCGUUAUCGCUAUUGAUUUUUUACCAACCUUUGGUACAAAAUCGGUUCUCUACCAACUAUACCCAUAUAUAUUAAAGAUUUGAUUUCGUUUAUAUUUUCUUUGACCCAACAAUGUGUAGCUUUGUUCCUCAAAUAUUUUUCUUUUUUCGCUAAACCAAAAAUACUUUGUACUUUUUGUGAAUACGCAUGGAAUCAGCUUACCAUAUAUUUUGGCAUCAUACAUUAACAAGGCCGCAAUAUUAAGAAUUACCAAUUCCAAAUAUUACUUUUGCUACAUUUCACUUACCCAUUUAUUACCAUAUAUAAGAUAGUUAAUUUUUAUUAUUUAACGGAAUGUGUACUAUUCCAUUUAUAUUUGUUUUGUUCAGAAUGUCGCCAGUAAUUAUAAUUUCAGUAGAUUAUAAGGAUUUUUGUAAAGAAACAUACUACAAUAAACUUUGAAUUAAAUCAGAA